UCUGGCUCCUUCCAGCACCUGGGAAGAUGCAAGCUGGACCAGAUGCCAAAACUCUUCCCGAAUCUUUGGAGGCCUCGUCUCCUCACAGCUCCAUUGCGGUCACCCUCGAGGAUGUGGACCUCUGGAUGAAGUUCCACCAAGUGGGAACAGAGAUGAUCAUCACCAAAUCUGGCCGGCGGAUGUUUCCCCAGUGCAAGAUCAAAGUUACGGGCUUGAUCCCCUAUGCAAAGUAUCUCAUGCUGGUGGACUUUGUGCCGAUGGACAGCUUCAGGUACAAGUGGAACAAGGACCAGUGGGAAGUUGCUGGGAAGGCGGAGCCGCAGCCUCCUUGCCGGACGUACGUCCACCCGGACUCCCCUGCCCUGGGCAGCCACUGGAUGAAAGAGCCCAUCUCCUUUCAGAAGCUCAAGCUGACCAACAACACCCUGGACCAGCAUGGCCAUGUCAUUCUGCACUCCAUGCAUCGCUAUAAGCCUCGCUUUCACGUCAUGCAGGCAGACCACCUCUUCAGCACCCACUGGAGUGCCUUCCAAACCUUCAGCUUCCCAGAGACAGCCUUCACCUCCGUCACGGCAUACCAGAACGAGAAGAUCACAAAACUCAAGAUCUACAACAAUCCAUUUGCUAAAGGCUUCCGGGAACAUGGGAAGAACACCCGCAGAGAGGGAAAAGUUCAGAAAAACACUUCAGCCAAAGGUCAGAAGAGGACAUUGAUGGAAGGACCCACACUUGGCGUGGAGGAACCAGAUCUUACGAGGCAUGAAAACAUGGAGGUGAAGGAGGAGAGCUAUGCCAUUCCAGUCGGCAACAGCAGCUACCCCAUCUGGGUCUCGGAGCAAAACAGCCACCCGUCCUCCUCUGCCCCUGCAGAGGCUCUGCCUCAAGGGGUGGAGGAGAGUGCAAGGACCACCCAAGAAGAGCAAGUGCCAACACCUCCCCCGCCUCCCUCUUCCUCCUUACAAGCAUACAGGUUUCACGAGGCUGGCGAAGGCUCCUUUUCGGGGGCCCUCCGCGACAGAGUAUCUCUCAGUGAAUUCCGAGCCAGACCCCCACAGCUGGACUUUGCUGAGCAAGACCCCAAACUAGCAGAUGGCGGCUUCGCCACCAAUCUCCCCCCACUUCCUGCUACUCUCCCUACACAGGACUACUCUGGGAUGGUGGCCAUGGCUGUUGACCCUGCAGGGAAAGCAGGAUCCCGGAGGCCCAUGUACAGCCCCUACACCCCUGACCAAAGCUUCAGCCAGUGGGUGGUUCCUCCACCGACACCCUACCGCCCUAUGAGCUACUCUGGGUUUCCUACAGACUACAGUACGCAGGGGCCCUCAGGCCACCCCCCAGGCGCCAUGGCAGACUGGAGCCAAUAUUCCUUGUUCCCCUAUGCCUGCUGGUAGAGGGCUAGGAGGAAGACUUGAGGGUAGGGGAGACUUGGUGAGAUCUGCCUUACACUUCUUGCAAAGAAAGGCUUC